GGGGUCUGCCUUCCGAAACCUCUCGGACAGAGGCGGAGUAUCCUGCCGAGGGCCAUUCGGAAGAAGGAGGAGCCUGCCUCGCAUCAGGACCAGUCUGACUGCACCUGCAUCCUUAGCUCAGAGCAUCCCUGGAGCAUCUUAACAGGCGAGCGCAGCUGGCAACCAGGGACCAGACCGUCGCAGGAGGCGUCGGCCGGAUACCUUCCCCCUCCCCUGACCUAGAGCUCUACAGCGGCGGCCUCGGUACUAACCGAGGAUUCCCAGAGUUGUCUGACCAUAGCAAAAACAUUUAUAGCAACAGCCUCUGAUUACGACAUGGCUGAGAUCACCAAUAUCCGACCUAGCUUUGAUGUGUCUCCAGUGGUGGCCGGCCUCAUCGGGGCCUCUGUGCUGGUGGUGUGUGUCUCAGUGACUGUCUUUGUCUGGUCAUGCUGCCAUCAGCAGGCAGAGAAGAAGCACAAGACCCCACCAUACAAGUUUAUUCACAUGCUGAAAGGCAUUAGCAUCUACCCAGAGACCCUCAGCAACAAGAAGAAAAUCAUUAAGGUACGGAGAGACAAAGAUGGCCCUGGGAGGGAAGGUGGACAUGGGAACCUGUUGGUGGAUGCAGUAGAAGCUGGCCUGCUGAGCCGAGACAAGGGGCCCAGAGGCCCUAGCUCUGGAUCUUGUAUAGACCAGCUGCCCAUCAAAAUGGACUAUGGGGAAGAACUGAGGAGCCCCAUCACAAGCCUGACCCCCGGGGAGAGUAAAACCACCUCUCCAUCAUCUCCAGAGGAGGAUGUCAUGCUAGGAUCCCUCACCUUCUCAGUGGACUAUAACUUCCCAAAAAAAGCCCUGGUGGUGACAAUCCAAGAGGCCCAUGGGCUUCCAGUAAUGGAUGACCAGACCCAGGGAUCUGACCCCUACAUCAAAAUGACCAUCCUUCCUGACAAGAGGCAUCGGGUAAAGACCAGAGUGCUACGGAAGACCCUGGAUCCUGUGUUCGAUGAGACCUUCACUUUCUACGGCAUCCCAUACAGCCAGCUGCAGGACCUGGUGCUGCACUUCCUCGUCCUCAGCUUUGACCGCUUCUCCCGGGAUGAUGUCAUUGGGGAGGUCAUGGUGCCAUUGGCUGGGGUGGACCCUAGCACAGGCAAGGUACAGCUGACCAGGGACAUCAUCAAGAGGAACAUCCAGAAGUGUGUCAGCAGAGGGGAGCUCCAGGUGUCUCUGUCAUAUCAGCCUGUGGCACAGAGAAUGACAGUGGUUGUCCUUAAAGCCAGACAUUUGCCGAAGAUGGAUAUCACCGGUCUCUCAGGUAAUCCCUAUGUCAAGGUGAACGUCUACUACAGCAGAAAGCGCAUAGCCAAGAAGAAAACCCACGUGAAGAAGUGCACUUUGAACCCGGUCUUCAAUGAGUCUUUCAUCUAUGAUAUCCCCACUGACCUCCUGCCUGACAUCAGCAUCGAGUUCCUUGUUAUCGACUUCGAUCGCACCACCAAGAAUGAGGUGGUGGGGAGGCUGAUCCUGGGGGCACACAGCAUCACCACCAGUGGUGCCGAGCACUGGAGAGAGGUCUGCGAGAGCCCCCGCAAACCUGUGGCCAAGUGGCACAGUUUGAGCGAGUACUGAUCCUGUUCUUCUCGCCUCUAACCCCAGGGCUAGGCUGGGGAGGUGUGUGGCGGGGAGAGAGAUGACAGAGAAGUGGACUCAAAACCUCAUUUUAGUUGUAGAAGAAAAUUUCUUACAAAACAAACUCCACAAAGAACAUCCCACAUGACCACAGCUGCAGAUCAGCUCUUAGCGAUGAUGAUUUUUUCUCCUUUGCAAGGCACUAGAAAUUUUUUUUAAUGGGGGAAAAAAGAGAGGGAAAUACCCCUACAGGUUUAUAUAUAACAAUGUAACCUUAUACUUGCAUGUCUAAUACAAACUGAAGAAAUUAGCCUACUGCCAAUAUCAAGUUGCAGAUUUUAAUCCAUGAAAAUUGUGUUUUGUGCCGAAUUGUAUUUGCUAAUUACCUGAAAUUGGCCUCUUUUUAUUGGGCUUCUCUGGAGAGUUACUCCUAUGCCUCACCUUUGCAGACGAAAAUUUUGCUCUUGUAAAACCUCAUGUUUUCAUCAUUUCCAUCUUUUCUUCUUGUUACCUCUUACAUCUUUGCUCUUUGGCUGAGCUCAAAGUCUAGAGGUCUGUAGUAAGCCAAGAAACAGAUGGUGUGCAGAAGGCAAGGUUUGCAGGGAAAAAGAGUAAUUGAGAAAUGGAGUAUUUGCUGUCACCCCUCCUGUUAUAAGGGGUAAAGGGCAGUCUGUGAUUAACUGGUAGCUACAGGGAGGCACACAGAGCACAUCAGACUGAGCAGGUAGAACUUGGAUUUAAGAAACUAGAUGACUUCCCUAAAAGGAGCUUUGGAGACUGCAAAUUCAGCUAUUGGAUAGUAUCAAUGAACACAUCCAGCUGAUCCCAAAUGCUAUUUCCACGUAUAAGGACAAGGAGUGUAGACAAGAGAUGACUGCCAUCCCCCUUUGAAUUUAUCUACAGUAGUGACAACCAUCUACUGGUUGAGGGGGUUGGGGGUCAUCGGAGGUUUGAAGGAUUAUAUCAGCUUUUGUUUUUCUAGCAAACACUAACCAUAGGGAGGGUUUAGAGUCUUAGAUGUUGUAAUGAUGUUAGAAAGAAAAAGGCCUCAGAAAUUAUUCUUUCUCCUUAAAUUUUUCAAUAACUGGCUCUCAAGAAAAAUAACAGUGUAACUAAGUGAGUAAUAAAGGCAAGUUGGAUUCUUUCAGAACAUCUUUUCCCUCAAAACAAAGAGCAUAGCUCUUGAAAUUUAUGAGCCUCAUGAUGUGGCAGAGGGAUGGGGAAACCACAGAGUGCCAUCCUCCUUCUGCCACAUCUUACUGGGAGUAGAGUUCAAAUCCCCUUAUUCUAGUUGGAGAUUUUUCAGAUGGCAGCGACUUCAUGGGCAUAGAUAGGCUUGGAUAGGCAGUAGAUAUUUUGCUAACCUUAAGAGGAACUCAAUCAAAUAAGCAACCAGCUUGAUCCAAGGCCCAAAAGAUUACCUGAAAUUGAAGCGUUCAUGUCCGUACAAGGAUAUCACUUUCUAACUUGUUUCUGAGAACAGUUGAAAAACCGAGUCUCCAUGGAAAGGGUGGUGAUCUUGCCUUUCAUGUUCUCUUUGUUUUUGUGGAUUUAAAACUACUCUGCUCCCCAUCCAAUCUUUUUGGUUUGUUUUAGCCCACAUUCCUGACAGUUCUGGGAAGGCAGGCACAAGGCACACUCCCUGUUCUUGGCCCUGUCAACCCCAUCCCUCAUAAUCUGACUCACUGUCUCACCAACAGCUGGGAUCACACCACUAUUCUCUGUUCUAUACCCCAUGAAGUGUAAAUACUGUAUCAUACAUAGAAAAAAAAAUAAUUUUUGUUUUCUAAAAAUGCAUUUUGAGAUGGUUUAAUGUAAAUCUAACAGGAGCAUUCUGAAGCCCCAUUAGGAAAAAAUCUAAAUGGUUCCUCUUCAUCGCCUUAAUGUCUAAAGAUCAGAAAUCGCUAAGCAACUUGCUUUUGUUUCCUUCCCAGAAACAAUGCAAAGCAACAGGUGGAGACGGUCUGAUCUUUGCCCUGCUGUGUGUGCCUCUGCCUCUGUAGCUCCUCCUGACAAAAGUCUGGGAAAACAGCCUCACCCCACCCCUCUCUUCCCCCACCUCCUUGUAGCUUUAUUCCUUGUAUUCUUUGGGUCUACUGAGCAGUGGGUGGUGAGGUGAUAGGGGAGGAACAAGUAGUUUUGUAGACUAGGAGCUGCCUCUGUAUCUUUGUCAGAAAAAAGCAAAGAGGUGGACAGUCCAGGGUUCCUCACUCCUACCUCAGGCCUGAUCCAUCGUGCCCUUGACUUUGCUGUCCCAAAGUUUCUUAGCUGACUUUGGCUUUUACAUUUGUUCUUUCCAGAGCUAACUGAUAAGCAUGGAGGAGAAAUGUAUCCUUCUAAGAGUCAGUUGAAAGACAAGAGAGUCACAUCAUAGGUUUCGCACAAGGCACUCGUAGUCAGGAAUAGGUUAGGGAAUAGUCACUUCUGAUUUUCCAAGAAUCAAUUCUUCUCUGUGGAUAUCUUGAUUCCCUUGGGAAGAAAAGAGUUUUUCUGCAUAACAAAAGUCCCUUUAUGAGUUACUCUUUCUUUCAGUUCAUCUCAGUGGAGCACAGCCAAGAUGUACGUGUUUAUGGACAGUGCUCUAGAUGUGAAAACAGAUAGAACUGGUUUGUGGGACAGGGGUGGCUUGCUCAGGAGAGGGAAUAAUGCAAGUCCCUUUUUCUUUCUUUUAAUGGCCUUGACAGUGACAUUGCCCUCACCGAGAUCCCUCUCCAAAGUGGUUGUCUUUCUUUACCUUGUGUCUUCUCUUGUAAAAAUGAAACUCAAAAAUAAACAUGUCAAACUAAAAAAGAAAAAAGUGAAAAAGCUAACAUGAAUCGUGUGAAAUUGCAUAACGCUGUACUGCUAACCUACAAUAUGUAAUGCUAUCUUGUAUGUUGAAUUUGUUAAUGCACCACGCAGUGCAAAAUAAAGACUGAUUCACAUUAAACAGG